CGUACGUGUACCGGCGGUGGCGGCGGCGGCGGCGGCGAGCACACAGGUCAGUCGUUGCUGCUCUCGAUCUUACGUAGUAACUUAUGCACGCCGUCGAAUUUCACCUGGCUCUCACGUCGUCCUCGUCCUCGUCCUCGUCCUCGUCCUCGUCGUCCUCGUCGUCCUCGUCGUCGAGCCAACAGCAAUCGUCGUGGCGAGAAUCUUCGACCGACUCAUGUGAGGGGAAAAACCAAGACAGUGGGACGAAACCGAUGUCGAGUGCGACGUCGUCUUCGAGCACGAGGACUCGCGUCAACGAAAAGAGGAAGAGGAAGAAGGUGCUGUUAUACGAAGAGGGUUCGUGUAACGACAUGACACCUCAGCGUCGCUAGUUACUACUUCUCCUUGUCCAUUUAUAUGUAUAUAUAUGUGUCCGUGCGUGCCUGCGUGUAGUGCAACAAGCAACACACGUAUUUGGAAUACAACGUUGGUGCUGUCGCUUAGUGGUUGCGCUCCUGUAUCUUUUCGAUGUCUAAUAUCAAACUAAACGUUCAUUCCUCCUCUUCCAUAAGAAAGAAAGAGUUUCUACGGUUGAGCAAAAAAACGCCGGCUGAGCGGAACACUGUAGACGUCGGCGGGGUUCUAUCACGCACCGAUAUGAAAUUUAUUUUUUGGGAGGGGGCCUUUUUAUUGCUAUAUUUUUCUCUUUUCCUCUCUCUCUCUUUCUCGGUUUUACUAGCGAGAUUGACUUAUGAUUAAAUGCACAUCAUUUUCUUUCUCUCUCCUUUUCGCUUUUCACCCGACACGACGAACACGAACGAAUGGGCGAACGAAAUACGAAGGAGCGAGCGAUCGAUUGGCGCUGUAUUUGAUGGUAGUGGUGGCCGCCGAGAACGAGAAAGGUACGGUGAAAAGUGACAAGUAGAUAGGGAAAGAGAGAGAGAGGGAGAGGAAAAGCACUCAGCACGUUAUCUCUCUCUCGCUUCCUUUUUCGCGUUCUUUACGCAAUGCGACGUCGCAGUGUAUUACGAAUAUACUCGUGUGGUUAGAGAAUGAUGAAAAGGGAUAAAGAGAGAGACAACGCAAAGUGCACAGCGAAAGUUGCAAUGCGAAAUACAUAGAUGAUUUACCUUGUACGUUAGGUAGGCACGUGCGCGCGCGAGUCUGACGAAGCAACGAACUGAACUCUGCCUUUACCCGAGGUAAUCAUCAAGCCAAUCGCAUUGAAGACACGUUUAAAUAUACCGGGAAAGAUUGUCAGUGAGACAUUAUUUGGAGAAAAAGUCGCAGUCGUCAUCGCACCGCCGUCGCACCGUCAUCGCAUCGACGGCCAUCAUUUCCGCAUAGUUUGGAAGCAUCAUGAAGAAAACACAAGAGGAAGUUGCUCCGGCCGGUGGUUUACGCCCUUGCGGCUUCGUUCUUGACGAAGCGAUAACGAUAACUGCGACUGCGACCACGACAAUCGAGUAGCAACGAUUCCUCGAAUUUACCUUGCUGGGGUUCGAUAAUUCUACCAUACCAUCCUUUCUCUCUCUCAAUCUCACUCUCACUCUCGAAACACACACGCCCUAUAUAUACUCGCGUACCACUUCCUUCUCCCUGAUCUCCCACCAUCCACCUGCAACCUAUCCCCUUUCCUUCCAUCGACAGUGCUCUCUCAACUAGCCAAUGUCGUUUUGUGCGCGUUCGUAAAUUUCUCCGAAGUGUGCUUGUGUUCGUUUGUGCGUGCGCGUGCGUGUGCUUCGCGUCGUGUCGCAUCGUCGAAGCACGCGUGUCGAUGACGAGUCGCGCGCAAUUUUUCAAAGUGAGAAAAACAUUAUUAUCUUCGUAUCGGCGGUGAGUACUACGUUUAUUUGUUGAUUAUACCUGUGUAAAAAAGAAGGAGAGAGUGAUCGUUAUCGCCAUCGUCUUCUCAGCUGGUCGAACGUGCUGUAUCGUUUUUGAAGUGUCGCGCGAGCGAGAAAAUGUUCAACUUCAUGAAGAAGGCCACGGAGAAGGACGACAAGGAGAAGAGAAAGAGGGAAAAAAAGGAAAGGAAGGAUGUCAAGAAAAGGGAUCGAGGGAGUAUGUCUGCUGAGGAACUUCUACGACUCGAUGAGGUUCGAAGAUCUCUGAAAAUACCAGGACGCAGAAAGGAAAAAGAAAAACUACCUAGCGGUAUAACAGCCGAUUAUAGCGCGUCUUUUUUUGCUCAUUUGGAUCGGAAUCUAUUGGAGAACGCGCAGAACACUACGGGUGGAACAGGAAAUACGGCGUUGGGUGGUGGUACAGGCUCGGGUUGGACAAUGAGAACGCCUGAUGGUUUGACGCAGAGCGACUCGUCGGAGACAUCGUUGACCUCUUUGAGCACAACGACGACAAACGCUGGUGCCAAGAAUCUCCCUCCCCUUCCACCGAAACCACCAAAAAGAGGGAUAUUAAAAGGGCCAAGAUUAAGUAUCACCAGUGGUACAAUCAAUGUCCUUUCGGAAGAGGUCGUUUUACCGAACGGGAAUGAAGCUGGUUACCAAGAGGCUAGUAAUUUGUUGGUGAGGAACACUUUGCAGAACGAAGUGAUAGCCUAUCAGAAUGUACCGCCUACGCACUCGCCAAGCUUAGGUGCAAUGGCUAUUGGUCUUUCAAAGGACGAAAUUUGCAGUCCUUCCGAGGAGGACGUUCAAUCUUGGCGAAUAUCUUCUCAACAGGCUUCUCUUCAUCAUCAACAUUUAUACCACCAUCAGACAACACAGCAAUUCCAACAACAGCAGGAACAUCAACAUCAACAGCAGCAUCAUCAACAGCAGCAUCAUCAACAGCAGCAGCAGCAGCAACAUCAUCAUCAUCACCACCACCCGGCCGAGUCGAAGCUACUUCAGGUGGUAACGAGCGCCAGCCCGUCGGCCGAUUCCUUGACGGACACGACAAAUUCGAGUUUUGCUACCCCACCGUUCAGUCUCUCGCCGGUUGGCGAAUCUCAGGGUUUCUGUAGAUGGCGAUCUUCAGCUUCUUUCGAAGAACAGGGAGUCGAACUUCAGCUACCGGAAAUUGUGCCUCUCGAACUCCCGGAACCACGAGAACUGACGAUCCAAAGACAGCCACCUCCUCGCAACGAUUUUGGUUUUUCCCUGCGUCGUGCCGUUGUCGUCGAACGUGCUGCCAGUGGCGUUACGCAAAUGAGACCUGUUAUUUUCGCCGAACCUGGUACUCUAGUCCAGCAUAACAACGACACUGGUCUUCUGCCAGGUGACCGACUUAUCGAAGUUAAUGGAAUCAAUGUUGACGAUAAGUCUAGGGAAGAGAUCAUCGAUCUUAUCAAAGGAUCUGGCAGCAGUGUCACGGUCAAGGUGCAACCAGUCGCGGAAUUAUCCGAGCUCUCGAGACGAGGUGGAAGCGACGGGCAGCAAGUCGAGCUGGCACCUGCGAAUAUUCGCGGUGGCACGCUCCGUCGAUCCGGUAGCCUGCGGUUUCAUCAGAAUACGGCGCGAUCGGAAGAGCAUCUAGCGCAGGAACAGGCAUGGCUAACUUCCGAAAGAAUCUGGUUAUUACACCGAGCCGGUUUUACUCCGGCUAUGCGUUGUGGUCCAGCGGAUCCAGACACUGGAAAGUUGCGAAUAUGUUUGACUACCUCCGGCGAGGAACUCCUCGUCGACGAAGAAGAUGUCGAAAAGGCUAACCCUCCACAAUUUGAUAAGGCCGAGGAAUUGUCUCAAUUGCGAUUCCUCAAUGAGUCCUCUGUUCUACACAUACUGAGACAACGUUAUGCUAGUAAUUUGAUUCACACCUAUGCUGGCGACAGCAUGCUUAUCAUAAAUCCUGUUGCACCGUUGGCAAUAUAUUCGGAGAAGGUCGCUCAUAUGUUCCGAGGCUGCAAGAGCGAAGAUAUGCCGCCUCACGUAUAUGCUAUGGCACAGUCGGCGUACAGAGGGAUGUUGGCGACUCGGAGAGAUCACUCUCUCGUUUUUCUCGGUCGUAGUGGCGCCGGAAAAACUACAAAUUUCAAGCACGCGCUGCAUUACCUCGUACUCACUGCAGGCACUGUCAAUAAGAUAUUAACCAUAGAGAAGUUGAAUUCCUUGUUCACCGUACUUGAAGCCUUUGGAAACAGUCGGACGCAUAUGAAUUCGAACGCAACGCGUUUUACGCAACUCUUUAGUCUGGACUUCGAUCAGUCUGGACAAAUUACUUCGGCGUCGCUCCAGGUGCUGCUUUUGGAAAAAUCGAGAAUAGGUAGAAGAGCGAACGGUGAUCCAACAUUUCAUGCUAUUUAUCGUCUACUAGCAGGAGCAGAAGGUGCCCUAAGAAAAGAACUUCACUUGACGAAUCUAGUCGCCGAGAACAAUCCAUUCGUCACACCUCUGCAAAAGCACGAGGACAAACAACGUGCCAUGGUGGAGUUCAAUCGUAUCAUCGCUGCUUUCAGGAUAUUAGGGGUUUCUGAGACCGAUGAGAAAGUCAUUUGGCUGGUACUAGCUGGGAUUUACCAUCUAAGCUGUGCCAGUGCAGUCAAGGCCGGUACAACGUCACAGAGUCGUUGGCAAUUUGCGAGGGUGGAAUGUGCAGAAAAAGCAGCUAAUUUGUUGGGUACGUCGGUGGAGGAAUUAAGUAGGAUAAUAUUUUCCUGUAACGGAGGCGGUGCUGGUACACCAAACACUCCGAGGCCAGCUUUAAGAACGCCCAGUCCAACCGAACAAAGCAGAGAUGUCACUGGACUCGAUGCUCUCGAAGGUCUCCUUAUUGGCCUUUAUUCGGAAGUCUUUCAUUGCGUUGCAGCCCUUAUUAACAAAUCUAUAUCAUCGUCGAUGCAUACAGUAUCCUCUCUUUUGUUGUGCGACUCUCCUGGUUUUCAAAAUCCCGCCUCGUGUGGCAGACAAACUGGAGCAUGCUUCGAGGAUCUCUGUCACAAUUAUCUGCAAGAACGUUUGCAAUUACUUUUCCACCAUACGACAUUGGUAGCACCGAAAGAUAGAUACGUUCAGGAAAGUAUUGAUGUUGAUUACGAGGAUGAUUACGAAGAAGAUGGAAUUGGAUCUCCGCAAAGUUUGGUCUCUCUUUUGGACAGGGCAAGUUCACAGAGUGCUACAAUGUUGCGUACGAGUCAAAGCGAUUUAAGUGCUAGUAGACAAAUGGAACGGAAAGGUUUACUUUGGUUGUUGGACGAGGAAACUGUUUGCCCCGGAGGUAGCGAUGAAACUUUCUUGGAUAGACUCUUUUCUUAUUAUGGAGACAGGGAUCAUCAGAUGCUUUUGAGAAAGGCACCGGGCAACAAUCAAUUCGUACUUCAACAUUUGUUAGGUACUAAUCCUGUUUUGUACACUGCAACUGGUUGGUUAAAGGCUACGCGAGAAAAUUCUGUGGCCAAGAGUGCGAUUACGAUUCUCCAAGAGAGUUCGAGGGAAGACGUUAAUAUGCUAUUCGUAAGUGCACGAGGUGCUGGGGUCUCCGGUGCUCUGUGCGGUUCCAUGCCCGGUUUGGAAGGGUCGCAAUCCUUGAGAAGAGCUUCGAGUAUUCGAAGAACAUUCACGGCAGUUAAAAGGAAAAAUGUUUGUUUGCAAGUGAAAUUUACAGUCGAUGGCCUUAUCGAGACCCUUCGUCGGACUCGACUGAAAUUCAUCCAUUGCCUUCUACCGCAACAUAAUGCCGGUUGUACCGAUAAUAAGAGUUUAUUAUCUGUAAAAUCUAAUCAAAAUGAAGAUAGUGUUAUAAAUGUGCCUCUUUUACGAUCACAGAUUCGCGGCAGUCAGAUAAUAGACGCUAUACGUUUACAUAAGGUCGGCUUCCCAAAGUAUAUGGCCUUAGGCGAAUUCAGACGUCGAUUUGCUUUAUUAUCCAGCGACGCGAAUGCUCGACCUGGCAGCCCUGUUGCCGGUGAACGUCGAGCGGUCGAGGACAUGCUUCUAACCGUUGACGUUGAUCCCGCCUCUUAUCGUGUUGGCCAGAGUCAGAUAUUCUUCAGAUCUGGGACUUUAGAAAGAUUAGAAGCUCAAAGAGACGAGAAGCUCACGGGACAUAUAAUUCUCCUUCAAGCUCGAUGCAGAGGCUACCUUGCUCGUCGAAAACUUAAUACAUUGAAGCUGCAAGACCUCGCAGUGAGAUGUAUUCAAAGGAAUGUAAGGAAGCUGAUGUCGGUGAGAGAAUGGCCAUGGUGGAGAUUAUACGUGAAAGUCGCGCCUCUCUUAAAUGUUCAUCGGACCGAGGAUCAGCUAAAGGCGAGAACAGAAGAACUGGAGGUUCUUCGGGCGAAAGUCGAAAGACUGGAACAGGAACGGAAUCAUUUAAAACACGAUAACGAUAAACUCGAGGCAAAGCUGAGUGAAAUGACAGCUGAUUUUGCGGAAGAACAUUCGACAUCCACGUUGGCAGCCGAAAGAAUCGACGCCGAAACAUCGGAACGUUUGAGAUUGGAACGAGAACUUCAGGAUGUUACUGAAGCCAAUAAGAAUCUUCAGCAGACUACCGAAAGACUUGAAAUGGAAUUAUUGUACGCAAGAGCAGCUGAUUUAAACGGCGUUGCGUCGGAUGGGGAAGAUGGCGAAGAUGGUGGUGUCUAUAAACAACGCUACGAACAUGCUGUCCGUGAACUCGAAUUUACUAAGAGAAAGAUGGCUCAACAGCACGAGGACGACCUCGAACAAUUAGUUGGUUUGAAGAAGCAACUGGAGAAGAAGCUGGCCGAUGCCUAUGAAGAAGUCGAAGAACAACGUCAGGUCGUAGGUCAAUGGAAACGCCGAGUUCAAAAGUUAAACGGCGAAAUGCAUGAUCUAAGAUUGCUCUUGGAGGAGCAAACUGCUAGAAACAACCUUUUGGAGAAGAAACAACGCAAAUUUGAUUCGGAAACGCAAAAUUUGAUGAACGAUCUUAGACAAGAAAAGGCUCAACGAGAGAGAUUGGCGAGAGAAAAAGAAAUCGCAAUUGCUGAGAAGUUUACAAUAGAGCAAAACUUGAGUGACGCAAAAUUAGAAAUCGAAUUGAAAGAAGAACGACUUCGUACGUUAAGUCAGGAAUUGGAAGAAUUAACGUUUGGUGGUAAAACAGAAGAAGAGGUUGCUCAAUUAAAAAAAGCAAAGCACGAGUUAGAAAAACGGUCAAAGGAUCAAGAGGAAGAAUUAGACGAUUUGGCUGGACAAGUACAACUGCUUGAACAGGCAAAAUUGAGACUCGAGAUGAGUAUAGAACAGCAACGUAAAGAGAUGCGGAAGGAGAUGCAGCAACGUGACGAAGAGUUGGAAGAUGUACGCGGGAACGCGCUCAAAAAGGUAAAAGCCUUGGAAUCUCAAUUGGAGAACGAGCACGAGGAACGAACGAUACUUCUUCGUGAGAAACACGAAUUGGAACGACGAUUAGUAGCCAUAGAAGAGCAGGAUAGGGCCGAUCGUGCCGCGGAUGCCGAAACGACGCAAAGAUUAAAAAGAGACUUAAAGAGAACACGAGCAUUGCUAAGAGAUGCCCAAACAAUGCUGGAAAGAUCGAAAGGAGAUUCGACUGGUAAGGCAGCUUUAAGACAAUUAAAGAACCAAUUGGAAGACGCCGAAUGUGCCAGAGCAGCGGCUACCAAAGCUAAACAAGCUUUAGAACAGGAGUUGAACGAAACGCAAGCUACUUUGGAGGAAGCUACUAGACAACGUUCCGAAGCCGAGGAUCGUGCUAAUGCUGCUAAUCGCGAACGAUCGGAGCUUCUCUCUCAACUCGAGGAAAAUGAGGAAGAACUCGCUGAAGUAUUAAAAAAGUAUCGAGCUGCUGUUCAACAAGUUUCCCUAGAGCAGACACAAUUGCAAGAGGCUCAGGUGCAGAUAGCAACUCUAGAAGCAGAAAAGUCAUCGUUAAAAGAUCAGUUAUCAGAAUUGAGUCAACGAUUGGAAUCCGUAGAACAACUCGGUGAUCCAACUGCAAAUAGUCUUGCUACGAGACGAUUAGAGUUUCGUAAUAAGGAGCUGGAAAGUAAAUUAGAACUUGAACAAACAACGAGAGCUCGUUUAGAGACUCAAAUAGCACGACUUAAGGAGAGCGUUGAGAAGCUUCAAACUGAAACGGCUUUGCUGAGAACAAAAGAACAAACGGCACAAGACACAACAAGAAGAUUGCAAAGAUCGUUGCGAGACGCUCGUGAAGAAGCGAACUCCGCUUUAGCUCGCGAGCAAGAAGCGACGCGUGCUAGACGCGAGCUAGAAAAAUCUCUAGAGGCUGCUGAAGCUGAAACUAAGCUCGCUCGGGAUGAUCUGAGAUUAGCGCUUCAAAGAAUAGACGAUUUGCAAAGUGCUAUACAGGGUGAACUCGACUUAGAUUGUAGCGAAGAAGCGACCAGUGAAAACAGCGACAGCGAUUGAUCCAGAGCAACAUCGGACCUAGAGUCUGAAAAAGAUGAAGAAGAACCCGUCGAACCAAAAGGAGCAUCAUCAUCUAAUGAGACAGCGAUCGAAGAAAAUUGUCCUAACAAGUAUUUAGAUACACGAACGAAGACUAAUUGUGAAUAAAAUGAAUUCAAACACCGUCGUAGAUGGAAAAAUAAAAUAUCAAAGAAAGGAAACUUUAAUCUAUCGUACACACGUAUAUAUAUAUAUGUGUUUUCUAUGCUGACAUAUGACUAAAGAAAAAAAAGUCGAUUGCCGCAUUAAAGUGUCUAAAGUAUUAUUUUCGUCGUAGUAGCAAAUAAAAUGAUUGAAAGGAAAUCAAAAAUAGGCGAAACACUCGAAACGGUGAUUCGCCUUAUGUAAUAAAAUUAAGAUACAAAAAGAGAACAAAAAAUCCGUAUCGUUAUAAUUAAGAUGCGAAAAAAGUUUUAAACGAACAAGAAUCAAUAAUUUUUACGAAUUCUCUCGCAGCUUAUCCAACAACGAUAGCAGCGAAUAGGUGCUAAACUAUUAAAAAUGUAUGAUACCUAUAAUGCUUUUACGUCGUGGUUAAACGUAUCUUUUUCUUCUUUUCAUUCUACUCGUCUCUUAAUUUUCUUUUUUUCUUCUUGUUCGCGCAUAAUUGGUGCUACUUUGCCCGACUAUAAUCUUCUAUACGAACGAAUGGUAUCGUUCUUUCAGUCUUCCAAGCAAAAUCUAAUAACUUUUUAUUUCUGAGACUUUCAAUACUAUUGUCAGAUGGCAAAGUGCAUGGAAUUUUGAAGAAUAUACCUCAGAGCAUCUUUUUAAUUAGAGAAUUAUUGUCACACGAAAUAACACACACACACACACACUCUCUUAAAUACACAUACAUAUUAUAUAUCUUACACAUGCUUUCCGCACGAACGCGAGUUUGCAAAUCUGGAUCACGUUUUUACCGUGUUUUGUUUGUAUAGAAAGAUAAAAAGAACAAACAGCCACGACUCCAGUUGGUUCUUUGAUUUCAUGUAAGAACUCUCGUGUAACUUAUUGCUUUGUAAAAUGCAAAUCUCUUAUUUAAUUAUA